AUGAACUAUGCCGUGCUGCCGCCCGAGACGCCUCAACCUCGAAUUUUUUGCGAAUCACCGAUAACCAUAGGUACAAAAACUGCGAGCGGCUGGAGGAGGCGAAGCCUCCCGCCGCACAAGCAUUAUCAACUGGACCUCGAUUAUUUAGAAAGAAGAGGCGGAAAUACAAUAACUUACGAGGGCGCUGAAGGAAGCUCAAAAGAGGAAGACAGCCCUGCGGACACAUUAGAUCGUGUUAAGGUUAUCUUCCUAGGUGCACCCGGCGUAGGAAAGACGAGUAUAAUCCGACAAUUCGUCUGGAGCGAGUUCUCCGAGGAGUACAGACCGACCGAGAGGCGGGAGACAUUUUAUCCGAGCGUGGUGCUGGCCGAUCGAUUAUACGAAUUGAAGAUCACCGAUUUGCCCACCAUUCCGUACUUCCCGGUCAGUUCGCACUUAGAAUGGACGGACUUUCGUUAUUAUGGACUACGGAGUGCAACAGCGUACGUGCUUGUAUUUGAUCUCAGUAAUCAGGACACGUUUCAGUAUAUUAGAACGUUACGCGAGCAAAUCUAUGAGGCGCGAGACAUGAGAGGUGUACCCUUGCUGGUGGUCGGGAACAAGCAGGACGAACUGUCACAGACCGUCGCUUCCGGGACCAGGUACAGGGACAUCGUGAACCUCGUCCGGAAACACUGGAGAUGUGGUUACGUCGAGUGCAGUGCCAGAUUUAACUGUCGCGUAGUGCAGGUAUUUCGGGAACUGAUGAAGAGCAUACAGGCAAUAGAAGGUAGGCCGAACUCGCCGUCACCCGCGGCCACGCAACCAAUGCGAUCCCAUCAGCACGAUACCAACGAGAGGUGCAUUCUUCUCUGACAUUAAGACCAAAUCGCUUCCCUGUUACGAGGCAGUCGAUUACACAAUGCAACGUCGUAUAUCGUGUAUCGUACUUGCCCGCGAGCAAUGAAACCAGAGUAAUGACAACUCGAAGAGCAUGUCACUCGAGGCACGAAAGCCAAGAGUAGUAGAAUACAUCGUACAUCGGGGGUGACUCUUCUAAGACUGCACAAGAGUGCUAACGUGCACAAUCACGCGAGCGAGUGAACGAGUGAAAUAACAAGUUUCGAAAUAAGCGACAAUAAUAAUCGAGAUUUACGCCAAUGGCGAAUUCGCUGCGACAUGCGAUUUAAUCGCCGAAUUAUAUAUAUCGGAGAUUUCGCGCAUAAAUUUAGCGGGGCUCAUUCGGUAAAAUCCCGUCGAUUCAACGGAAAGAAUCUGUCUCUUCCUGCAGUAUUCAAAUUUUGUAUUCAUGUUAAUCGCAUUUGCAUAUUUAAACAAUCUUCCUUUAUGCGUAGAGGUCGUCGAUUACGAUACUAAUAUAGUAAUAUUACAAUAUUAUAACGAUGAUAAUUAUAAUUUCCUAGAAAUUUCCAAAUCAAUUUUACGCAGUAAAAUUACUUUUACAUGUGUAUACCGAUUUUCAAUGAGUUAUGCAGAUCUCUAGACGGAAAUGAGAUCGUCUAUAGAAGUUAACACGCGUUAGAAUGCUCAGACUAUUAAAUAGCGUAAAAAUUAGAAAAAAAAACUUCGAUAAUUAAACGAGACAAGAAGGUAGCGAAAUGCAGCGCGGAACUCCUUUCAGCUCAACCCUUUCCCGCGUUCGGCCUAAUUAUAUUCACGCAGUAGGUAGGUAUUCGGUGAGAACGAAGCAAUAGUACAUAUACAUAUACAUAUAUUUUACUAUGCUGUUAAGAGAGUUAAUUGGUUAUCAAUCUAACGGUCAGUCGAUCGCGAGAAAAUCGUGUAAUCGUUAUUAAUAUAUUAUCGAUAUGUUGUAUACAUAGAUUAUACUGGCAUAUAUCGUGUGUUAGCGUUGUUACCGUUUGUAUGUACUCUACGAAGGAUGCUAUGUGCACGUAAUUUCUACAUUAGGUCCUUCUCGAGAUAAGACGCAUCCCCGUGACUCAUCGCGACGCGUUAAUACUGUCACGCGCCACACAUCAGUGACACCAGCAAUAGAGAGAGCAUCUCAUCGACAUUAUUAUCUGUUACAUUCGAACGCUCGAAUGCACAUGUUAAAGAGUAUCACAUAUAUACGACAGGGGCAUAAAAGAUACGUAAGAUCGCUCAAUUUCAAUUUGCACAAACGCAAGUAACCGUUUUGUAACCGGCGCGAGUACGACAGCAUGGGAACGACCGGCAGAGUGAUACGUGAUCCCUUAUUUUGUAUGCACAUGCACGACGUUCACAAUAAAAACGCCAGUGAGACAGUA